CCCCCCCCCCCCCCGUGCAGCACUGUUUGCACAGAGCUCGUAUUAAAGCGCUGCCCUGCACACUGAGGCUGGAAAGUUUGGAGACUUCUGGAUACCUAACCUGCCCAGCGAAGUUCUGCACGUCCCAAGACAGUUUUACCAGUACUGAACCCACGCCUGAUCCAAGUGUGCAUCAGUGUUCGUCCGAGGAGUUCUCUCUACAUUAAAAAUCAAGGAACUGAAGCAGGAGUACAGCAUCCCAUCGGAGGAUCCUCGGAGCAGCCUUCUCAAUCUAUCUGCAGGACGAGUGGGGAUUGGGCAGGGAAGCAAGCCUGACCGCUACAGGAGAUGACCGGACCUGGGGUCAGCUUGUAAACGGACUGCAAAAUAUACCUUCACAGUCAGGAAGUUAAAAGCACAGACCUUGAACAAUCAGAACGGUCCUUGCAUAUAUGAAGUGUAAAUAUAUGUAGUAAAUGGAAUAAGAAAUUUCACACAUGCAUAGUCAAUCGAUACAUGAAUACCAAACAAACAGUCCAUACAGUCUCUACACACCCAGCCAAGGAGGAGCUUGCAACUGUAAGGCCGCUCCCUACACAGAGGCAAGCUGUAUACACACAGCAGAGCGCGAGACUUCUGUAAGUUCUGCCGCCUGGCCCCCUGGACGAUGAGCGAUGCCCCCACCCUGGACUACGACCUCCUGUCCCCAGGGCCCUCGGACGGGGCCCCCACGGCCGGGCCCAGCCUCCCGGGGGACGCCGAGCAGAGGACCGCCUUCGCUUUCGUAGGCCUCCUGCUGGUUUUCCUGGUGGUUCUAGUGGUGCGCUGCUUUCGUGUGCUUCUGGACCCCUACAGCCGCAUGCCCUCAUCCUCUUGGGGCGAACGCAAGGAUGGGCUGGAGAGGGGUCAGUUUGACUACGCGCUCGUGUAGCCCUUCCCCCCUCCCCCCUACAUCCGCUCUGAAACCAUAUCUGCAAUGCCUUGUUCUAAUGCUGCGUAGCCUUCAGUUUCCUAGGUUGGCACAAGGGGGAGAAGGUGGGGUCUGUUGUACCUGCAUUUCCAGGACUGGCCACCAGGUGGUGCAAUCCCUGCUAAAUGCUUCUGAAAUGUAGUCGAGUCUCCUUUUCUGUCUUGUUUUCGCACUGUCCAGUUUGAGACACACCAUAUUACUAAUAUACCAUCUAAUCUGCAACCGACGUUAACAUGAAGGUAAAGGGACGCCAGUAAGUACCUGUUCGCAAGUUCUUUCACCUGCAUUAAGUAAUUCCCUGAAUCAGCAUUCUGCAUUCUGCACUUUGUUGUUGAAUACCCGCCUCUAGUGUCCAUUGCAUUGAAUACUUAUUGGAUAAUUUAUUCAUCAGAGCGAGCUGGGGAGAUGUUUUAGUUGCUGGCUGUUUCCACCAAAGCAGUUAGGAUUGGGACUUGAGUGGCAUGGAUCUCUGAUCUCUCCUUUCCAAUGGAAACGUGGCAUUGGAGUCCCAUUUCACCAGUUUAUAACGAGGGCUCUCUGUUUUUGGUUUUUAUUUUUGGUCCCUUUUUAAGUUAAAUUGAGCCGACUCGGUUUCUUAAUUCAACUCUUGGAAAAGCGUUGAUUGUGAAUCAAGGUCUCCCUUGUUUUUUCUCCCAUAACUUGAACGAGACUCAAAAUUAAUUUUUUUUUUUUUUUUUUUUUUUGCAUUAUCAUUGAAACAGAAUCAUAGUGUCAAUCAAGUUACAGGAGAAAAAACUAAAGCGAACUUGUUUCCCAAUCAACGAUUUUCCAAGAGUUUACUUGAACAGAGUCGGCUCAAAAAAAAAGGGACAUCACGUGAUCAAAAAUAAAAACCGAAAAACAAAGAGCCCUAAGUAUCAGAUACUUGCGUUGCAAGAAAUGCAGGGGCUAGAAAUAUGGUUUGAAAUGCAGACAGUUUAUUCUGUUAAGCAGCGUGGCUCAGUGGUUAGAGAUGAUGGCUGGGAGCUUGUGGAUUCUGUUUCCAAGCUCUUUUCCAAGCUUUUGGACCCCUCUAGGGCCCUCUGAGUGUGUGGGGCCCCUGUGCAGUUGCCCUGGCUGCACGGACUAUUCCUCCGCUGCAGCAGAGUAUACUAAUUAUAAAUCAUAAUGCAGAUUGUGAAUGGGAAGGAAAAUUGCAUAGAAUUGAAUUGGGACAUGGAAUGGCAUGCCUUAGGUGACCCUGAUGGCUAUUGUAACACUGUGAGUUUCCCUACUGUACAGCUUGAUCAGACGUGUGUGUGUAUGUAAUAUAUAUAUAUAUAUAUAUAUAUAUAUAUAUAUAUAUAUAUAUAAUAAAAUGUCUGUUUUUUGUCUCUGUAAUGGAAAGCCAUAUGUUGAGAACCUUUUUUGUAUAGGUGUUGUCUUCUGUCUGAUGAGCUUUACACUGACUUGAAGCCUAUUUGAGGAGACGUUUGUUCUUGUGGGGGUGGGGGUGGGGAGAUUUGUAAGUAGUAUUUUUUUUACUCUGCCUUUUGUUAAGUUGGUUCAAUACUAUGAAAUAAAGGGAAACGAUAUUUCUUCAUCA